UUAACAUAAAAAACAGCCCCCUUUCAAGAAGCAGGCUGCCUGAGAAAUGAUGCACCAUGUGCUCUGAACUAGGUCACUCUCCACUCAGGGAACUCUGGGUGCGCUUCACUCUGCAUGUGUGUCUCUCGUACUGCAGGCUUCGAGUACCUUCCACAGCUGGAGGAGAGAAAGAAAUGGGGAAUAGCAUGAAAUCCACAUCUCCACCUUCGGAGAGGCCGUUAUCCAGCAGUGAGGGACUUGAAAGUGACUUCCUGGCUGUGCUGACUGACUACCCAUCUCCUGACAUUAGCCCCCCAAUAUUCCGGAGAGGAGAGAAACUGCGUGUGAUUUCUGAGUGUUGUUCAGCAGAGAUCACAGCGUGGGAUGAUGGGGGAAUGGUACAGACUUACACUGCUGAAGUGGAGGUGGUGCUGGGCAGCACAGGGAUCACACUUCUACUGGCUUUUGACAUUGUGUUUAUUUUAGAGUUAGCAAGUCUUGAUUUCUUGUGGACACUUAAGGCUGUCCUCUUUACUCUUAGCUGGCUGUUUGAAGGACUGGGCAGGGACAAGGCUGAGGAACUGCUGCAGCUGCCAGAUACAAAGAUUGGUAGCUUCAUGAUUCGAGAGAGUGAAACAAAGAAAGGUUUCUAUUCACUGUCUGUAAGACACAGGCAGGUGAAGCAUUAUCGCAUCUUCCGUCUUCCCAACAACUGGUACUACAUCUCACCAAGGCUCACCUUCCAAUGCCUGGAGGACCUAGUGACUCAUUAUUCUGAAGUGGCUGAUGGUCUAUGCUGUGUGCUCACCACACCCUGCCUGGCACAGAACAUACCUGCUCCAACAUCCCACCCAUCACCUUGCACCAGCCCUGGUUCACCUGUCACCUUGCGCCAGAAGACCUUUGACUGGAAGAGGGUAUCCAGAUUGCAAGAAGGUUCAGAAGGAGCAGAGAACCCACUCAGAGUGGAUGAAUCCCUUUUCAGCUAUGGUCUUCGGGAAAGCAUCGCCUCUUACCUGUCCCUGACAGGGGAUGACAGCAGCUCCUUUGACCGGAAGAAGAAGAGUCUCUCCCUAAUGUACACUGGCAGCAAACGCAAGAGUUCCUUUUUUUCAGCACCCCAGUACUUUGAAGAUUAAUGACCUGGCUUGUACACAAAAAAACAAAGGCUUUGACUUGUCACCUGGGGUCUUAUGGAGGCCAGCAUUCCUCCUUGGUUACCUCAGGUCUUCCAGGAAUCAAAGGAAAUCACACAGAGACUGCCUUUACACACUGAUCAGAGGAACUCCUCCCUGAUGUCUGAUCAGUAUUGUGGCGUCACAUCAUGUUUAAAUCAUGAUGAAAUGGGGCAGCACGUCAAAGAACUGUGUGUGUAUGAGUGUGUGUAUGUAGAACAGAACACUCUUGCAAGAGUACUUGGAGACUGACUCCAACUCACAAUCCAAAUGGCCCUUCUCUGAGACCAUGUGGAGAGCAUCCAUCUGAGAAAGAACAUGGGGACGAUGGCCUUCCUAGAUCUUCAGAAUGACCUCUACCUGGAGCCAAACUACCUUUAUGGUCCAGUGAGACCUUUGGGUUAUGUCUCUUCUCUUUCUAAAGGACCAGUGACACUAAACAAAUAUUCAGAAGAGAUUACAUCUCUGAGCCGAAUGGAAUCUUUAGCACUCAGGGGUAUUGAAGUCACGUGGGCAUUAGAUGGCCAUGCUAAGCCAUAGGAGAGUAUAGGGUAGUGAGGGAGAAAACAGGAGAGGGAGGAGGCAGCUCUACUGGAAAACCUCAGAUAGACAGUCUUGACUCAUCCAGUUGUUGGGGUUCUAUGUUUUAGAACCCCCAUUCCUCAUGCCUAUUGGAAGAUGCCUGGGUGAAAUACUGUGCUGAGGUCAAAUGGGAAUAAAUGAGGUAUGAAUGGAAUUCCUUAAUGCUGGGAUUCCAGCUGGAGCAGAGAGAUAAGGAGAACAACAUGAUGUAACCCUGAAUGUGAAACAGGAGGAACCCUCACAGGUACAAUGAACUGAGGAGGAGUGAGGGUUACCCAGGUGUUCUUAUUCCCAUGGAUCUACAAGGGAAUACAAGGCUUGUUGGACCAAGUAGAUUAGAAUGCUUAAUGUUUGUUUGUUUGUUGCUGUUUUGUUUUAUUCUAUAAGGAAGCUGGUUAGCUUUAGAGAAUUAAUUUAUCCUGUAUAUUUUCCUGUAAGAAGGGCUGGCAUCUGCAUGAAUAAGAAUGCCCCUUUCUAGGAAAGGGGAACUGGAGAAGCUGAAUGCUGCCAUAGAUUAUUGUGAGAGGUGAGAGAAAACCCACAGGGCACUAAGGAAAGAGAAGCCUUCAUUCUCUCUCACACCUAUAUCCUGCUGGAAUGGGAGACAGGAUAGUCAUGGCUAACUCAUCCCCGUCUAUCACAAGGAUUCUUGGUAAGAGAAAUACAGGAAAGAUUUGUCAUCCAUUAUGUGCAUUCAAUAUACCUGGGCUCAGCCUGCAGAUAGUGCAAGCAUAUGCCUUGACAUGACGUGACAUAUGGUUGGAUCUGGUAUUUUUACACCUAGAGGCAUGGGUGCUCUCUGAGGUCUUUCAAAAAGGCUAUUUCAAAGAUACUGGUCAGUGUGUGAGAAACAAAUGUCACACAAGGUCAGUGACUUCUGUUAUGAGACCAUGAUCUCUGGCUCCUGAUGUGUCUCUGUUCACUAUCUUCUGUGCUGUUUUCUGUUGUGGUCAAUGUGAUUGGAACUUUGAGUAGUAUGUGGGGGCACUUCUAAGUGGGAAGCAUUACACUUUGCCAAAUCAUGUAUUUAUUCCUGAUUAAAGUAAAACUAAUACUUA